GAGGAGGAGGAGGAGGCGAUGGCGGCGGCUGUGGGGGAGGAAGCGGAGCUGGGGAGGCUGGAGGAGGAGGCGAGGAAGCGGCAGGAGAGGCUGCGAGCCCUGAGGCAGCGAGCCCUGCAGAACAAGAGCAGCGGCGAGCCCGAGAGCAAGCAGUUCAGAAGAGAUGACGAAGAGGAGACCGUCAGGCACAAGGAGAUCAAACUGCGAAACUACGACCCCGAAGAUGAGGAGCUGAAGAAGAGGAAGGUGCCCCCGGCCAAACCGGCCUCAGUGGAAGACGUGGUGAAGGAGCAGCUGGAGGCUGCCAAGCCGGAGCCCAUCAUCGACGAAGUGGAUCUGGCAAACCUGGCCCCCAGGAAGCCGGACUGGGAUUUGAAGCGAGACGUGGCCAAGAAACUGGAGAAGCUGGACAAGAGGACUCAGAGAGCCAUUGCUGAACUGAUACGAGAGCGACUGAAAGGGCAGGAGGAAGAGCUGGCAUCAGCAGUCGGGUCGGCAAAGCAGGAUGGAAGCGACUCAGACUGAAGAAAUCCAUCCAGCAGCCUCGGGCACGGGCUCUGCCAGCAGCACCGAGCCCAUCGCUGGGACACGCUGAAGCCCCCAAGUGCUGCCGUGCAGCUGCUGUGUGCUCAGGACCUGCUCUGUGCUGGGAAAAGCACCCAGCUGAGAGGCUAACGUGUUUUUUUUUCUGCUCCUUGACAUUCCCAGACCCUGCGGGCUGUGCAGCCUGUGCCCCUCCUUCCAGAUGUUUUAUAACGGACAGAGUUUGUUGGAAGAAAUCUUUUCUUAAUAAAACAAUCCCGCCGUGGAAG